AAUAUCUCCAAAGAAGACCUUACUGAUCUGUUGAACGUGUCCACCAAGGGUCAGUUGUUCCAGUUCAAUGGUGCCCUAUACGAACAAACCGACGGAGUGGCCAUGGGGUCCCCACUGGGGCCUUUACUAGCUAACGUGUUUAUGUCAUCGUUGGAAGAAAGGCUAGUGCUCGAAGGUAAACUGCCUGAUUAUUAUCGCAGAUAUGUUGAUGACACUCUCACUAUAAUGCCCAACAUUACUACAGCUACGGAUUUCCUACACACCCUGAACCACGCCCAUCCCUCUGUCAGCUUUACAAUGGAAAUCGAAAAAGAUGGCAUGCUCCCCUUUCUUGGCACCCAGCUCCUAAACCGUGCACCCCAAAUUGAGACGAAAGUUUAUGUCAAGCCUACUAAUACUGGUUUACUUGUCCACUACCAGAGUUACGUUGACAACCGGUACAAACGGAACUUAUUAACAACUAUGCUCGAUCGCGCGUACCGUUUGUCCUCUUCAUGGCUUUAUUUUUCUGAGGAGUGUGAGCGCUUGAAGAAUUUAUUCUCACGUUUGGACUACCCUCACCACCUUAUCAACUCCGCCAUUAACACCUUUAUUAACUCGAGAAUUGCUGACCAGCAGCCAUUGCAGGUGUUGGGAAGAUUGGCGAAAAAUGAUGUAACCCGAGUAGUCAUACCCUUCAAGGACCAAGACUCCGCUAACAUUAUUAAGACACAGUUGAAAGACCUUAGCAUUAAGCUCCAAACCACAAUCCAGCGCCUAUUUGUCGGUCGGAAAAUUGGCCAAGACCUUAAAGAAUGUGAAACCAAACCACAACUGGUUAAUCAACAGUGCGUAGUGUAUCAAUUUAAAUGUAACCUGUGCGAUACAGGGAGCUAUGUUGGUUUCACACGUGGGCAUUUAUAUGCCCGCGUGGAUAGCCAUAAGAGCACGUCAUCUUCAGUACGCAAGCACUACGACAACGACCACGCAGGUGCUGUCCCUGAGGACCUUCUUAGCUGUUUCAAAGUUCUCAAGAAGUGCAUGAACAAAUUCGAUUGUCUUGUCAAC